UAGAUGGCCUUGGUGUUGUCUGUGUUGUCGUCUCCUCAUAUUUUGAUUUUUAGCUGUGGCGUUUACAGAUUUGUGAUUCAAGAUAGCUGGGAAAUUGUUGCAGGAAUAACGAACUGCACAUUUCAGCAGUUUGACAAGCCAGUCACUCGUGCACUAAACCGGUGUCUGCAGUGACCACCGCCUCGACCGUCACCUCUACCGUCACCUCUACCGUUGCCCGCCCUACCAGACAUGGCCGCCGACGCUGAACAGCCGCGCUCGGAGCUGGAGCAGCUUCAGCAAAAGGCCAACCAGGUCACAGAUGAGUCGCUGGAGAGCACUCGGCGCAUGCUGGCACUAUGCGAGGAGAGUCAAGACGUAGGAGCAAAGACGAUGGUUAAUUUGCAAACACAAGGCGAGCAACUGGACAGGAUCGAGGAGGGUAUGGAUCAGAUCAACGCCGACAUGCGCGAGGCCGAGAAAAACCUCACCGGCAUGGAGAAAUGCUGCGGCCUCUGCGUCCUGCCCUGGAAAAAGGGAGGCCAGUUCAAGGAGGACGACGGCACCUGGAAGGGCAAUGACGACGGUAAGGUGGUGAACAGCCAGCCGCAGCGUGUCAUGGACGACAGGAACGGCAUGGGACCCGGCGGCGGGUACAUCGGCAGGAUUACCAACGACGCCCGUGAGGACGAGAUGGAGGGUAACAUGGAACAGGUCAACACCAUGGUGGGCAACCUGCGUAACAUGGCCAUGGAUAUGGGAUCGGAGCUCGAUAACCAGAACCGACAGGUCGAGAGGAUAAGCGCCAAGACCGCCUCCAACGAGGCACAUGUGUCAGAGGCCGCCAACCGCGCCGGAAAACUGUUGAAAUCAGCCUAGACGAGCCACAAAUGCCGAGCCAGUCGAACGAGGCCCGUCUGAAGCUGGCCAACGACCGGGCCAACAGUCUGCUGAAGAACGCGUAAGGCGGCUCCUCCCGUGCUCCCUAUCCGCGCUCUCCCCGCUCUGUCCCUCCGGGCGGUCGGCGCUGCUCGGUGUCCGCUGUCCGCUCCCUGUGUCUGUCCUCUGUCCGUGCCGUAUCCCGGUCUCACCCCUCCCCGGCCUGGCAGUACGCAGUGCCGAUAGAUUCGGCCUGGCAAGUCUCGAUAUCCUGUCGCCACCGCUUGCCGUCGCUGUGCACUGGUCCUGCCCUCUAUAUAGCCUGACUGCAGACCGGCGCUCUCCUCUGUUCCGCUUCAGCAAGUGACUGCAUCUUUCCCCUGUCCUGCACGGCUGCCUCUGCCGCUCUCAGUCUCUUCUGUGGACCAGCACCACCGCCGUCAUCAACAGGAUCGCACAUCGAAUUCUGCAGCCGCCGGGGGGCCCGCGCGCGCUGUCAGGACCCCGAGCUCGAGAGCCGGGCCGAGAUGGCGGCGGCGGUGAAGAAACGGUCAUCAAAAUCGCAGAUAACGACUUGUUUGUUACAAACUGUAGGCGAAUUCGUCGCGAGUCGGCGUGACUUGUUGCUUCUGCAUCGCGUGUUGUCGCGUCAUUCGUGUUGUGGUGCCGCGUUGAGGCGCUUUGAGCCCGUUUGUAAGCGUUAGGUAGAUGACACCAUAGUUUGUAGCACACACACACACACACACACACACACUUCCACUCAUACACUGAAACGUUCCGCCGUUCAGCGUUGGUCAGAAUCUGUGAUGGGUCGACACGCAAUAGAGAUGGCGCUUUCCCGGUCUCGCCCGCCCCGUCCGCGGGUCGGGCGGGGCUGUCGCUCGGGACGGGCGGUUUCCUCCGGCCCGGUGGCACCGUUUGGUUCGGGCGGCCGCACCGGUCGCCGGCCGCGUCCCGUUUGGUUACCUAUUUUGAUGUAUUCAAGUGAUAAUCAGAGUGUUGGCUGGCGGACUUUGUUGCCUUCUAGCGGGACGGACAAAAGACCAGGCCCGCCAGCGGGCAGUUUCGUUGUUUCCGUAUAGCUGGUAGGCGUUUUUAAUGAGCUAUUUAUUGCGGCGCGCUCGAUUGGCAGGCUGUAGAGUAGUGUUUGCACAUGUCUAUACGGCGUCUCUGUAUAAAGUGUACAUAACCCGCUGGUGAGAUAGGUGGCAUUCCUCUCUGAGGGGGGGGGUCCCCUCGGUCCGCUGGCUGCGACCGAGGUUUGUUGAGGCGAGGCUUUACGGAACUAUACUGUCUGGUUUACAAAUAUAACCGCUAUAACGGA